CAUGAAACAAUGUUUGCCACAGAGAUUUGAGGCCGGACAGAUAAAAAAAAAAAACUAUUUCUUUUGAAGAAGAAUAGUCCGUCUUCCGGGUCAUCAUCAAUCUUAUACCCAAGAAACCAGAGCUGUAAUCGCAUAAAGUUGCCAUCUUUCACACAACUUCUCAUCUAUUUUUAUAUCUGGUUUUUGAGGUAUUGAUUCAUAGAGGCCAUUCAAAACCCAUGUUAUCUGAUCUAUGAAUUGGUCUUUUUCUUUUGUGGGUUUUUUCAGUUUUUGAACAAUACAGAUGAAAAGCUAGGCUGUUCUUGAGGUAUUGCUAUCUGGGGUUUUUGAAAACUGUCAUAAAAGUUAGACUUGUGGAACCCCAAAUUUAGUGUUUGGAGGCUGAGAUGGAGGUGAUAAUUUGUUGAUAUAUGGUAUAGAGAGAGAGAACAGAAGAAAAAAAGUUUGUGUGUUUAAAUUAUAUGUUGGUGGGUGGGUUUUCUAAAUGGGUUAUGUGUCUCCUUUGUGUGUUGUGAUUUUUAAAAUUGUCUAUUAUGAGAUUAUGUAGAAAUUUCUGGAGAAGGAUCUGGUGCUGGAGUUUACUUUUAGAUUUGGGGAUUCUUGUGUUUGCACAAAAACUUUGAAAGUAUUAAUCAUGCAGAAAUUUUAGAAUAGAUACCUUGCUUUGCAUUAGGAUCUGUGUGUUUCUUUGUGUUGGGGUUUCUAAAUUUAGGCCCUUCUGGUGACAUAUCAUUUUAAGAAAACCACAUAUUGGAACAAGGGUUUCUCUGUGUUUUUGAGGUUCUGUAUAUUGCCAUUAAUAGAGAAAGAUGCAACGGAUACGAGUUUCGUCCCAUCAGUUGCCAGUGCACAAGUUAGGGGAUUCCCAAAUGACAUUAUCCCCAAAGUUUAGGUUUUCUUCCAUCAAAACAUCUUUGUCAGAUCCUUCUUUAGAGUUGGAAUUGUCUCUGAGGGGGGAGCCCCUCAUUCCUGGCCUACCCGAUGAUAUUGCUCUCAAUUGUCUUCUCCGAAUUCCGGUUGAGAGCCAUGCAGCAUCUAGGGCUGUUUGCAGGCGUUGGUAUCUAUUGCUUGGCAAUAAGGAGCGUUUUUUCACCCGGAGGAAGGAACUUGGGUUUCAUGCCCCCUGGCUUCAUGUCUUUGCCUUCCACAAAUGCACCGGAAAAAUUCAAUGGCAGGUUCUUGACCUGAUCCAUUUCUCUUGGCACACUAUACCUGCAAUGCCUUGCAAAGAGAGGGCUUGCCCCCAUGGAUUUAGGUGUGUUUCCAUCGCCCAUGAGGGGACUCUCUUUGUUUGUGGUGGUGUAGUCUCCGAUGUGGAUUGUCCCCUCAACGUGGUAUUGAAAUAUGAAAUGUGGAGGAACCGUUGGACUGCGAUGAAAAACAUGAUCACUGCACGGUCUUUUUUUGCAAGCGGGGUGAUUGAUGGGAUGAUUUAUGUGGCUGGAGGAAACAGCACAGACCUCUUUGAGCUAAACUCAGCUGAAGUCCUGGAUCCUGGUAAGGGGAUUUGGCAGCCGGUUGCAAGCAUGGGAACAAACAUGGCCUCAUAUGAUGCAGCCGUUCUCGAUGGGAAACUUUUUGUUACUGAAGGCUGGUUUUGGCCCUUUUAUGUCGUACCUAGAGGUCAGAUUUAUGACCCUAGAACUGAUAAUUGGGAGACCAUGGCUGCUGGGCUGAGAGAAGGCUGGACUGGGUCAAGCGUUGUGGUUUAUGGGCAAUUAUUUGUGGUUACAGAGCAUGAAAGAACGAAACUUAAGGUUUAUGACACACAUAGUGAUUCGUGGGACACUGUGGAAGGACCUCCUUUACCAGAGCAGAUAUGCAAGCCUUUCUCCGUCAAUUGCUGUGACUGCAGGAUCUAUGUUGUAGGUCGAAACCUUCAUGUUGCUGUGGGCCAUAUUGUGAGGCUGAAUCCAGAAAAUACUCCUGAUAAAAAGUGGAAGUUUUCUGUUCAGUGGCAAGUGGUUGAUGCACCAGAAGACUUCUCUGACUUGACGCCCUCAAGCGCACAGGUUUUGUUCGCUUGACUUCUCUUGUGAUGUUGUGUUUAGCUUGUUGUUACUUAUAUUGUAAUUAUAUGAGAGUGUGAAAGUUGUAUAUUGAUGAUAUUUGCAAAAAGGCUCUUAUAGUGAUUCUAUUAGAUGUAUCAAUUUACAAGGUUCUUUAAUGUUAGAUCCUUUUUUCCUCUCA